GUGGUUGCAGAGAUGCUCUAUCAGGAAGUGGGUUUGAGGAGCUGCACAGCUUCCUGCCCCCCCACCCAGAGCUGAGCAGGGUGAGCAGGGCGAGUGCCAGUCUGGGCCACGAGACACAGCUUCUUGCCGGGGUCCUCGCAGCUUCCUCUUCCCCAGCCACUUCCGUGAGGCCGGGGCCCCAGUGGCAGGAGCCGCUGCCCGUUGCCCAGGCCACCCUCCACCCCUAGUUUGGAGCCCUGCCCCUCUGGGGCUGGGCCAAGCCCAGUGGCCAGCUGGGAUCCCAUGGGGGACUGGUAGGGCAAAGGUCUUGGGGGACAGAGGUGGCCGGGCCAGAGUUCUGGGGCUCCGGCCAUGAAGUCUCGGCAGAAAGGAAAGAAGAAGGGCAGCUCGAAGGAGCGGGUGUUUGGGUGUGACCUGCAGGAGCACCUGCAGCACUCAGGCCAGGAGGUGCCCCAGGUACUAAGGAGCUGUGCAGAGUUUGUAGAGGAGUAUGGAGUGGUGGACGGGAUCUACCGCCUCUCAGGGGUCUCCUCCAACAUCCAGAAGCUCCGGCAGGAGUUUGAGGCAGAACGGAAGCCAGACCUGCGGCGGGAUGUUUACCUCCAGGACAUUCACUGCGUCUCCUCCCUGUGCAAGGCCUAUUUCAGAGAGCUGCCAGAUCCCCUCCUCACUUACCGGCUCUAUGACAAGUUUGCUGAGGCUGUGGCAGUGCAAUUGGAGCCUGAGCGCUUGGUCAAGAUCCUAGAGGUGCUUCGAGAACUCCCUGUCCCAAACUACAGGACGCUGGAGUUCCUCAUGCGGCACUUGGUGCACAUGGCCUCAUUCAGUGCCCAGACCAACAUGCACGCCCGCAACCUGGCCAUCGUGUGGGCCCCCAACCUGCUGAGGUCUAAGGACAUAGAGGCCUCGGGCUUCAAUGGGACAGCAGCCUUCAUGGAGGUGCGUGUGCAGUCCAUCGUCGUUGAGUUCAUCCUCACACAUGUGGACCAGCUCUUUGGGGGUGCUGCCCUUUCUGGUUGUCGGGUGGACAGUGGAUGGCGACCACUUCCAGGGGCCCGGGCAUCAGGCAGCCCUGAGGACCUUAUGCCCAGGUCCCUGCCUUACCACCUGCCUAGCAUCCUGCAGGCCGGCGAUGGGCCCCCACAGAUCCGGCCCUACCAUACUAUCAUUGAGAUUGCAGAGCACAAGAGGAAGGGGUCUUUGAAGGUCAGGAAGUGGAGAUCUAUUUUCAAUCUAGGUCGUUCUGGCCAUGAGACAAAGCGUAAACUUCCACGGGGGGCUGAUGACAGAGAGGACAAAUCCAAUAAGGGGACACUGCGGCCAGCCAAGAGCAUGGACUCACUGAGUGCUGCAGCUGGGGCCAGUGAUGGUGAGUACAGGUGUGCACUCCUUCACGUGUAUGUGUGUGUGCUGUGUGACCAACAGCAUGGGCCCAUGAGUGUGUGUCCAUGUGGCCAACUGGGUUAAAUUAUUUCAAAAAAUAUUUAAAGAGAACCUAUUAUACAUCAGCCACAGUGCCGGAUGCUAAAUUUACAGUGGUAAGCGUGUUGCCUAACCUAUGGGUGUGUUGAUG